AUGCUGCCCGCUUUCACCACGCAGCAUGCCCGGCACCGUCUGUGUCGUCGCGAUGUUCGUCUCGCCGCUUCUUGCCUACGAAUGGUCCAUGGUUUCCUCUUUUUGAAAGGGAUGUGUGUUGGUUUGCGUUUUCAGAAGGAGAAAGAGCCAGAGGCCAAGCCAGAAGCCCCGGAACCCGAACCACCGCGCCAACCAGAACCGGAACCCGAGCAGCCGAAGCCCGCUGAGACCACCGACACCAGGACCGCCGCCGCCGCCACCGCCACCACAACUGCUGUUGCCGCGUUCGACUUCACCGCAUCUCACGACGACGAGCUCAGCUUCAAAGAGGGUGAAAAGAUUGUGGACAUCGUCAAGGUGGAUACCUUGUGGUGGUCCGGGCGCAUAGGCGAUCGCACCGGCAUCUUCCCUGCCAACUACAACGUAUGUGGGGCUUUAAUUGGUUGGGCUUUAAAUUUGUCCUGCUUGUCUGGCUGCCAUGGCGGUUUUGUCAGGCCCCCGAAAGUGAGUGCGCCACAACGCGCCGAUUUCAACAACAAGGUCGCUGCAGGCACAACAGGCGAUCAUCGUAGUGAUGGCGACUCGACAAGCUGCCUCUACGUAAAGUGCAUUGCCUCCUCCAGACGCAACUCCAGAUGGAUGAGUAUCCUCAACUUUGCGAACACCGCCACAGGCAGGCACUGGACCAAAAGGUCUGAACCUCCCCGCGCACAAUUUAACGACCUGAGGGGCGUCAAGAUGUGUUUGCACUUCUCGCGCCAGGCGACUCACAGUAACCAGCGGAAGACCUUAAUCGUCGGCCUGAGCACCAGCAUCAGCGCCGCUUCUUCCCCUCCAGGCGCAGAUCGCCAAGCCACAAUCCUCGGCCCCUCUACGUUUGGGCUGCCGCACAUCAAAUCGGACCUAUUCCCAACUAACUGA